UUAGCAACUUUAUAGAGGAAGUAAAUCUUUUUCGUUGAACACACAAAGGUGACGGCGGUCGCAAAAAUAGCUGUUGCUUGCAGAUCUUGAAUGGAAUAGCCUAAAUGCCCUGAUUCAAGGAUGGUGAGGUCAUUGAAGAGCUAUACUACCCUGCUAUUUCUGGGUUCCUUACUGGACUUUGCGUGGCCCUUGAACCCUGCGGAUCCCAAUGUGUGCAGCCAAUGGGAGAGCUACACCACCUCAAUCAAGGAAUCAUAUGCCCACCCGUUUGAUCGGGUGUUUGAGGAGCCCUGUUCCGAUGCUUGGAGUUUCUACAAGUGCACCCGUCACAGGAUCACAUACAAGACAGCAUACCGACAGGCUGUAAAGAUGGACUACCGCAAACGGUACCAGUGCUGCCCUGGCUAUUAUGAGAGUAACAACAAAUGUGUCCCUCGCUGUACCAAGGAGUGUGUCCAUGGGCGGUGCCAGGCCCCGGACCGCUGCCAGUGUGAGGGCGGCUGGCGUGGGGAAGACUGUUCCAGCGCUUGUGAUGAGAAACACUGGGGUCCCAGCUGCAGUCAGCUCUGCAGGUGCAAGAAUGGAGGCCGCUGUGAUCCCUUCACUGGCUCCUGUCAGUGUCGCCACGGAUAUACUGGCACCCUCUGCGAGAACCCCUGUCCUCCUGGGACCUUUGGCAGAGGCUGUCUGCAACAGUGCCUGUGUGGAAGCGGGGGGACCUGCGACAAAGAGACUGGGCAAUGCCGAUGCAGAGAGGGGUUCACUGGAACACUUUGUGACCAGCCCUGUCCAGGUGGACGCUGUCCUCACAGGUGUCCCUGUCAGAAUGGGGGCCGAUGCUUAGGGGAGGGGGUGUGUGACUGCCGUCCUGGAUGGAUGGGAGCAGUGUGUACUGAGCGCUGUGCAGAGGGCAGGUUCGGGCUGAACUGCAGCCAGGAGUGUGUAUGUCAUCACGGGGGUCAGUGUGACCCAGAGAGUGGUCACUGCCAGUGCACUGCGGGCUACACAGGGGACAGAUGCAGUGAGGAGUGCCCGGUGGGCAGCUAUGGCCAGGACUGCAAGGGUGUGUGCGACUGUGCCAACGGGGCUCGCUGCUACAACAUCCACGGGGGCUGCCUGUGUGAGCCAGGGUUCAUGGGGCAGCACUGCAGGGACAGGAUGUGUCCAGACGGGAUGUAUGGCCUGCACUGUGACAGUCACUGCCUCUGCCACAAUGCACACACACUGAGCUGUCACCCUAUGAAGGGGGAGUGCACGUGCCAUCCAGGGUGGGCGGGGCUCUUCUGCAACGAGACCUGCCCACAGGGUUACUAUGGACAUGGUUGCCAAGAGACCUGCCUGUGUCUGAAUGGGGGUGUGUGUGACAGCACGAGUGGGCACUGCCAGUGUGCUCCGGGCUACCGGGGGCAGCAUUGUGAGCUUCACUGUGAGAAAGGCUACUUCGGGAAAAACUGCUCACAGCCCUGCACUUGCAAAAACUCCCUGUCCUGCUCUCCUAUCGACGGCACCUGCUUUUGCAAAGAAGGAUGGAAGGGCUCGGACUGCUCCAUUCCAUGUUCGAAGGGAACGUGGGGCCCAGGCUGCAAUGGUACGUGCCAGUGUCUCAAUGGGGCAUCGUGUGAUGCCUCGGAUGGCACUUGCACUUGCACUGCAGGAUGGCAGGGUACACGCUGUGACCAAGCAUGUCCGAGGGGGACCUAUGGACCUGGCUGCAGGCAGAGGUGUGACUGCCUUCAUGCAGACGGCUGCCACAGUGCCAGCGGGCAUUGCCAGUGUCUGCCAGGCUGGACUGGUGCUCGCUGUACCCAGCCUUGCCCAGAAGGCAGCUGGGGACGGCAAUGCAACCAGACCUGCUCCUGCCUGAACGGUGCCACCUGUCUGCCAGAUAGUGGGACCUGUACAUGUCGUCCUGGGUACUGGGGACCACAGUGCCAGCACAUUUGCAGGGCAGGAAUGUAUGGUGCCCAGUGCAGUUUGGAGUGCCCUCUAUGUGCCCACGCUUCUACCCCCUGUCACCACAUCACAGGACAGUGUGUGUGUGAUCCAGGAUAUACUGGACCCCUGUGUGACCAAGCAUGCCCUGUGGGACACUACGGGAAGCAGUGUGCUGGGGUGUGUCGCUGUGCCAACAACUCCACAUGCCACCAUCAAGAUGGGUCCUGCCACUGCCCCCCUGGCUGGACUGGGUCUGACUGCUCCCAGCGCUGUCCCCAAGGGACCUAUGGGUCAGGCUGCAGCCAGCGUUGCCUUUGUGAAAGGGCCUGUGAUCAUGUGACAGGGGCAUGUUUCUGCCCGUCAGGCUACACAGGCCACUUCUGUCAGUCUAAGUGCCGUGCUGGCUUGUAUGGCCCAGACUGUGUCCACACCUGCCCCUGCCCACCCAAUGCCAGCUGUGAUGCCCAUACUGGAGCAUGUGUGUGUGAAUUUGGACAGGGGCCUGACUGCAAAAAAGAGGAGGGCGUGAGUGUGAUGGUGCCGAUGUCCCCCGUGGAGCGGGACUCGUGGGGAGCGAUCGCUGGCAUCAUCGUGCUGGUCAUCUUGGUGGUGGCGCUGCUAGCCCUCUUGCUGCUCUACCGCCGGCGUCAGAAGGACAAGCAGAGCCGCACACCCACCGUGGCCUUUUCCUCCACCCGAGUGGUCAACUCCGAGUACGCUGUACCAGAUGUCCCUCACAGCUACCACCACUUCUACUCCAACCCCAGCUACCAUACCCUGUCCCAGAACCGGCCCCCUCUUCCCCAUGUUCCUAAUAACCAGGGCCGCUCCAUUACACCUAUUAAGAACACCAAUAAUCAGCUCCUGUGUAAUGUGAAGAACACUGAGAGGGAGAGACUAGGGCUGUUUGGGGUGGAGAGUAAUGCCACGUUGCCUGCCGACUGGAAACACCAUGAGGCACCAGCCCUUAAAGACACGGGAGCUUUUGGAAUUGACCGAAGUUACAGCUACAGUGCAAGUCUGGGAAAAUAUUAUGACAAAGAACUGAGCAAAGAUUCUUGUAUGGCUGUAAGCAGCAGCUCUCUGAACAGCGAAAAUCCCUACGCCACUAUCAAGGAUCUGCCCAUCCCUCAGCCACGCACGCUGGAGAGCAGCUACAUGGAGAUGAAGUCACCUGUCCAACGCGAGAGGUCCUACGUCGAAAUCAGAUCUCCGCCCCCACAGCCUACCACCACGCUCAGGGAACGUUGUUCCUUGGGCAAUGUCACAGAACAGGAGCCCCAGAAUCACUAUGACCUCCCUGUCAACAGCCACAUCCCAGGACAUUAUGACCUCCCUCCCAUCCGUCGCCCACCCUCCCCUUCACCCAGGCGACUGCCUCACUGAUACCCGCCUAUCCGGACCUUAACCUAGACCUCACCAACUGUCACCAGAAAAGGUGGAUUGACCAAUAGCACAGCACUGCCACCUGGUGGGUGGAGUUGGGGCCAUUGCACCAUGAAUGGUCUGGUAGAGAGCCCUGGUUGAAUUCUUUUGGGAUGGAUUUGGAGUACAUUGUUGCAUUGAUUGUACUAUAUAGUGUGUUUAUUUUUAAUUGUG